GUCCUUGAAACAACCCCAAAAUUACAUCAGGGAAUAAAUUCAUAGGCCACCAUGACUCGCUCGUUCAACUUUCUACCCCUGCUCCUCUUGCUUACUUUAUCAGCCCUGACUGUCCAAGAAAUUUCAGCAGCACCUUCCUGCACUGAAGUUGCCAUAGAAUUACUCCCAUGCCUCAGCUUCCUGUCUGGCAACGGUGCUGCAGAUGUUCCAUCGCGGGCAUGUUGUUUGGGUGCUCAAACUAUUGCUUACGAAGCACAGACCAAAGAUGACCGACGGGCUAUCUGCGAGUGCCUUGUUAAUGCAUUAGCAAAUAUUGGCACAUCUGACUCCUUCACUGCGCGGAUACCUUUAAUUGCUACCCAAUGCGGUGUUGAUGUUUCUCUUCCGCCAAUUACCGGCGACAAAGAUUAUUGUUCCAAGCUCUUCCCUUGACUUCGUUUGAUAUACCAUCGUGUUGUGCCACACUAGGGAAGAUAUUAAUUAUAUCUAGCUCAAUCCAUCAUCCUUUAAAUUUCUUUAAGUAAUUUACAUUGUACUUAAUGAAUAACAAAUCCUAGUUGUGGAC